UUAAUAAUGUUUUUAAGUCAUGAUUAAGCCCACCUUCUUCUUCAACAGUGAGCGCACAUGCUGCUCCAGUGGGAUGUGUCUGCAGCCUCCAGUGGGCAGCAGCAGCAGCUGCAGCAGCAGCAGCAGUCAGUCCUGCUGGCUGCUCUGUGCGACCAGGAUUGGACAGACUGAGUCACGUUGUCCGUGAAGCUGUCAGUCCGAUGCUGCACCAUUGUUCCCCCAGCAGCCGGAAGGAGUGCUUGCUUGCUUAAAGCACUGUUGUAUGCGUCAAUUGUGCCGGUUCGUCCAGUAAUAGCACCUCGGGAAGCAGCUUUUUAAAUGAUCUCACAGCGGUGGAGGAUUUCUGCAGAGGAGAACCGGUUUAGGGGGAAAUAGUGAAGUCCAUUGAGAGACAGAGAGAGAGAGAGAGAGAGGGAGAGAGAGAGAGAGAGGCGUCAUUGACUGGAUCCUGAUGAUAGGAACGAAAUGAAUGAACAGAGGCGGGUCGCUGCAGUGUAACAUAUUUUGCUAAAGCCACAUUUAUGACUGUGUGGCUGUGCCGCUGUGAGACGAGGUGAAAGGAGUCACAGUCUGCCAGUGGAUACAGGUGCAGAUGCGGCGGGCCAUGAGUGGAAUACUGAAGAGGAAAUUCGAGGAGGUGGAAGCCUCCUCCUCCCCGUGCUCUUCCUUGCGGGAGUCUGAUGAUGAGGUCUCCUGCAGUGAGAGUGGAGAUAGCAGUGACAGUGUCAACCCCUCUGCCUCGGGCCCUUUCACCCCUGACUCGAUAUUGAAGAGAGAGAAGCGCCUGCGGACGAGGAGGGUUCAUUUUGAGAAUGUGACCGUGUACUACUUCAGCCGGCGGCAGGGCUUCACCAGCGUGCCCAGUCAGGGAGGCAGCACGCUGGGCAUGUCCAACAGGCACAGCUGGAUCAGGCAGUACUCCCUGGGUGAAUUUGCCGUGGAGCAGGAGAGGAUCCACAGGGACAUGCUCAGAGAUCACCUGAAGGAGGAGAAACUCAAUUCAAUCAAACUCAAGCUGACUAAGAAUGGCACGGUGGAGUCGGAAGAGGCCAACACGCUCACGGCAGAGGACAUUUCAGACGACGACAUUGAUCUGGACAACACAGAGGUAGAUGAGUACUUCUUCCUGCAGCCUCUUACCACUAAAAAGCGCCGGGCGCUGCUGCGCUCCUCUGGGGUAAAGAAGAUUGAUGUGGAAGAGAAACAUGAACUGCGGUCUAUCCGGAUGUCCAGAGAGGACUGCGGCUGUGAUUGCAGAGUCUUCUGUGACCCAGAGACCUGUGCCUGCAGCAUCGCAGGAAUCAAGUGCCAGGUGGACCGUAUGUCAUUUCCAUGUGGCUGCACAAAAGAGGGCUGCACCAAUUCAACUGGGAGAGUGGAGUUUAAUCCCAUCCGUGUUCGGACCCAUUUCUUGCACACCAUAAUGAAGCUGGAGCUGGAGAAGAGCCGCGAGCAGCAGCAGGCGUCCCCCGCCAACGGUUACCGUAGCGAAACGAGCGACCUGGGAGGAGGAAACCCUCUCGUUCAGUCCCAGCACAGGUUGGAGUACUCUCUAUCGGACGCCGUUCCACAGACGGCCAGCAUGCACCUGCAGGCCACCGCGGACGAGAUGGAAGAACCGCUAGACGAGGAAGAAGAUGAAGAAGACGACGACGAGGAGGAGGAAGAAGAAGAGGAUAACGACGAGGACGACGAGGACGAGGAGGAUAGUAGCAGUGUUUGCAGCGGACUGUCUGACUCCAGCACCCAGAGCUUAGCCAACAGCGACUCGGAGGACGAGGAGGAGGAUGAUGAAGAUGAAGAGAAGUCAAAGAACUUUCAGGGCGAUGCGACGACCCCGUCGGUGUCUCACACUGAGGUUGUCCCCUUGUCCUCCGUGCUGUGUUACAACGACGGCUCCGUAGCUCAUGACAACCACAUGAACGGGAACACUUAUUUAAUGAACUCCUCUUCAGCUGAGUACUUUCAGCUGGGGAGCUCCAGCGCCGUCGCUAACGGCCAAACCGGCCGACCCAGUGAACCCUACGGGGAAGCCUUAGCAUUCCAAGAUCCAGUCAGCACGACCAACGGCAGCGCGGCCACAGGACCAUUCGACAUGUCUGCCGAGCAGUACACGGACUACUCGAAUCAGGCUGAGGAACAAUACACGGCUAAUCACCAUUUCACUCUGACCAAUGGUGCCCCUGCUGCUGCCCCCGUGACCUGCUACGAUCAGGAGAAGAAGGUGUCGUCCAAAGCAGCGUUUGUGGAGCAGCCCGACACCCAGAGCCAGACCCAGUUUCAGAACUACCUGAACAAUAAUACCCAGGGUUCCUACAGCAGCUCGUGUAUGACAGCUGAAAAGCCACAGCAAGAGUCCAGUGUUAACGGCCAUUCUGACCUGACCUUACUAGGAAACAACACUAAGAACCUCCCUUUACCAGACCAUUGCCCCGAGGUCACAGCCAUUUAGUAGGCCUUCACCUUUUCAAGUGUUCUUUCAUUAUUACGUCUUUACUUGAGCCUGACCAAGUGGUAUUUUAAGGGAACAUAAUCAUGGCCUUUUUUUGCAUUAUAUGACCUGAAAUUUCAAAGCAAUUUACAGCACCCGUAGUACAUUUUCAUCUGUAACUAUAAAGCCAUAGGUGUCAUGAUGGAAAUGUUUUAAUUAUUCGCUCCUGAAGGUUUCUCCACUACGGUGUGUGCUUAACUGCAAGAUGGAACAGAUUAAAUAUAAAACAUUUUAAAACAUCAGUUAUGUCAUGCCGUGCUAUGUAUCUUGUAAUUUCAGAUGUAAAGUUCUAGUUUUAAGCAGAUAUUGUACUGUAGAUGGAACUUUUCUAUGUCUACUGUAUGUGUCAAAUGUGCAAAAAAAGGUUUAUUGUCAGUUUAUUUAUUGUUUCGGAAUUAUGUGUAUACUUAUAUAUUGUAAAUGUUUUGAUAAUAAGCAUGCUGUUUUGGUAAUCUCAGUGACAUUUAGGGGGUGGGGGGGGAAAUCGCCAUUGUUUUAUAUAAAAAUGUGUCAUGAACAUAAUGUAAAUUUCUCUUCUUUUUGUCCCUAUUAUAUGCUUUUUCUAUGGUUUUGAAAAGCAUGAAAAAGCCUGAAUUCUUAUUUGUAUGUUUGGAAUACAAUAUCAAUAGCAUAAAAUGUCAAGAAAAUCAAUUCACAGCCUUUUGCACCCGUGUGUGGGGGUCCAGUGGCAUGCAGUUGGUUUUAACUGAUUAAUACUUGGAACGAUGGAAAAAUAUGGCCCCUCACUUUUUUUUUUCCUCCACUGUUCACUCUUAUAAAUAUCAUGGUGCCACUACAAAUAAAGAUUUAUUCUUUGAAGCAUUUCAGUGAUACAGGGAUAUUAAUAAAGUAGCACUUUGACAUAUCUCCGAAAGUAUGAGAAGCUUUUUAGAGAAGAACCUCAAUAAAGUGGAAUGACAUUUCUUUUAAUUGACUGCCAUGGCACUUGAUAUUGUACUAAAAGUAAAAAAAAAAUGCCACUUUUGAUAAUUGUAUAUGGGGGAAGCAAAUGUUCAAGGUUGACAAUCAAAGCUUAUUAUCAGACAUGAUUCAUAUCAGUAAUUAACAGCUACACAAUAGGACUCCUGAGUCCCACGAGCCAUUGAAAAUGACUUAACAGCCAGAGAAACCUGUACCAAAAAUCUGUAAAUAACCUUUUAACAGAUCUUUAUAAAAUCACUGACAAAAGGGAAAUUGGAGUGACCGCUCAACAAUUGGGGGACUGCAAUAAUUUAGUGAAUAGUAUUAUUGUAAUAUGUUGCUGAAGUUCUUUACCUUGAGCUCUCUGCUCCUGCAUGAAUACAGAUAUUUGUUCUAAGCUUGCAAAUAUCUGCCCAUAUUUUAUAAUCAGACGGGUCAGUACCAGGUGGUUCUGUGUGACUGUCGAGUUUCUGGGACGUCUCCUAACACCUCGUUGGUACAAAGGAAGUGACCAGACUGCUUUAAGGCAAUCAGUGGCAUCAACAUGGCCUAUAGUACAGAUUAACCGUGCCAAAGCAUACAGUGUGAGAAGGCUAGAUACAAGACACAGCAUCCAGUUAAGAAUCCUGUGUUGGGUUUUUAUUUUCCAGUAUUUAUUAUGAAUGAUAUAUUGAAAUGUGUAUUUAUUGUGGUUUACUAAAAGUCUGUAUUAUUGAGUAAAUUGCUUCACUAUCUUAAAAUUGUCUUUUGUUUCAUGCUGGUUGUGAGUUGUAAAGCUUCAUGUGCCUGAUUUAUUUCAUUCUAUUUCUUAUUCUGUGAAAUGCAAACGUUUUGCACAAAUUGGUAAAAUUUUUUCAAUGUGUUUGGUUUUUCCAACUGUAGAUAGAGCAAACUUUGUUUUUCAGUUGUUUCAUUUUUAACUUGGUUUUGAAAUAAAUUGAAUUAAACAUGCUA